AUUUACGACUCUCCCUGGGAGGCAGGCCAGUGUCACUCCGAGUGCCCAGACUUCCCAAAACUUCUGACUCGGAGUCACAGCUUUCGCUCCACCUCCCUCCCCACGUCCGUCGCCCAUUCAAGCCGAGCUAGUAGCUCAUCCCACCCCGUCUCACCGCACUCCAACCCACCCCACCGCUCAUCCCACCCCGCCUCAGUCCCGCAUUUUCCCCUCGCCAUGGCCGUCAAGGCGCGCGAGCCGCGCGGCACGAGGCUCAUGCGCCUCUGCGUCGCGGUCCUCUUUAUCGCCACGGUGCUCGACGGCGGCGCGGCGGGCGCCGCCAGCGGCGGCGCACCGUCGCCGUUCCCGCAGAAGUCCCAAGGCCUCCUCAACCGUCACAACGCGUGGCGCCUGAAACACUCGCGCAAGCCGCCUACUGGCGCCGCCGCUGGUGCUACAGCCGGCGGCGCCGCUGCUACAGCCGCCAAAGCCGGAACGAAGACGCUGGUGACGCCUGCCGCGACGAGCACGUGCCAAACGUCGACGCUCGCAGGAUACACGAGCUCCAUGGACCUCUCGGGCAACGGGCUGGUCCUCCACUGGAAGAAGUCAACGGGGUCAACGAUCGACCUGGCCCUGGAAGCCAAGUCAACGAGCGGCGCGGCGAGCGGGUGGUUCUCCGUGGCGUGGACCAACGGGGGCAUGUUUAACUCGGACGCCGUCAUCGGGAACAUAGCGACGGGGACCAGCGUCGGCACGUACGCGAUAUCUAGCUACUCGAGCGUGGUUACCACGUCGCGGUUCGCUAUAACCGCCGCGAGUGUUACAAGGUCGGGCGGGAGCACGAUCGCGAAGUUCACGCGAUCGACGGGCGACGGGACCGUGGCGGUGAACGUGGCGGGGAGCAACAAGCUCGUGUGGGCCUUCUCGUCUGGCGGCUCCAAGACCGUCGCCAACCACGGCGGCAGCCACAGAGGCGCAAAGACCAUUGACUUCUCUUGUGACGGAACAGCCUCGGGCUCAGGCUCGGGAACCGGCUUGGGAACUGGCUCGGGAACAGGCACGGGAACAAGCUCGGGCACUGGAGCAGGGACGUGCACGGGCAACACGGGCGUGAGCGGCACUGCAUGUCCCGCGUCCACUCUCUGCGGCUACUCCUACCAGGCCCAAAUCAAAUCCGGCGUGCUGCUGCAUUGGAAGAAGGUGUCGGCCACGCAGUUGGACAUGGCUGUCGAGCUCAAGACCAGCAGCGGCGCCAGCAACGGGUGGUUCGCGCUCGGCUGGGCCAACGGGGGCUCCAUGGCUCCCUCCGACGCAGUCAUCGGCAACAGGGCGGGCGGGAUUGUGAGCCCAUACCGAAUCACAGGCUACACUAUGAAUUCGUUACAGGGCGCCUCGUUCUCGCGCACAACUGGCACGGGGUCCAUUCCCAUCAAGAUGAGUGGCGUCAGCCAUCUCAUCUGGGCUCACUCCAACUCCAACUCCAAGACCCUUGCGUUCCACAGCGGUGCAGAUGGUCGCAUGUCUGUGGACUUCUCUUGUGCCAUGUCCCCGUCGUCCGUGGACGAUGGGGGGUACGAUCAUGACGGUGAUGACCAUCAUGGGGGGGACGAUCAUUAUGGCGACGGUGAUGACUGGCAGCGGGGUGGUGGUUCAGGUUCGGGUUCCAGUGGGGCUUUCCUCUCGCAGCUCAUCUCUUGGCUCGGCUUGCUCUUUGGCUUCCGCAAGUAUUUGUGACGAUAGAUCUUGAGAAGAUCUUUCCGACACAACAAGAAUCGCUUCAAUCGGAGCAAGAACGCGAAAGCUAUGAAGAUUCAAAGUUCAUGAGCUUGCGUUACAAUUGCGGCGGUUACAAAAUGAAGUUGUGGGGUGACUCAAUAUG